CCUGGUCAUAGCACAGGCUUCUGCACCAAGAUUGUUUAUAUUUUAUCUCAUUUUUGGUCUCAUGUACAGAUUGAUUGGAGUGAGCCCUGGCUCAUUGGGUUGAUAGCCGUCCACUUGCUAUGCAGCUUGAUGGUCUUUACUUCUAGGAAUUAUGUCAACAUACAGGCCUUUCUAUUUGUUGGCUUUUUGGGCUUAGUGUUCUUUGCAGAGAAUAUCAAUGAAAAGGGUUCUGAACACUGGAGGUCGUUUUCACGGCAACAGUACUUUGACAGCAAGGGCAUAUUCAUCUCAUUGGUGUUUUCUGUUCCUCUGCUUCUCAACUCGCUGAUACUCAUAAUUCUGUGGUUGUAUCAGACGAUCGGUUUGCUCAUUCACGUAAAGAGUGCUAAACUGAAGCAGCAAAUGAGAGAAGCCCAGCGGGCGAAAGAAGCGAACGCUGGCGACGGCGACAGCGCGGAGACGAAGAAGAACUUGUGAAGUCUGGACCUCGCAGUCGUGCGGAAUCACACGUUAGUUAUUCAUCGUGUGACGAUCAAUUAACUGUGUGAGUGAUUGAGAUCGGUACAUGUUGGAACUUGAUCGGAGACCGUCCCGCUGUGUACCUUCACAGAACAGUUUAAUGUGGUUAUGUAAUGAAAACCGCUGAUAUGUGUAGGUAUGAUUUUACAUCCCUUACCCAGAUGGUGCUGAAGCAAUACACGAGUGCACCUCAAAAUGUGGAUAUCACGUUCCUGGGGCCCGUUGUCAGAAACAAAAUUAGUCUUAACAUUAGUCUUAACAUUACUAAUUUCUCCUAGACCGUC